AUGAUGUCUUCUCUCCUCCCAGAUCUGACCACAAGAAUCUACCCAGAACCACCAUGCAGUUUCUUGUCGGUGGCCGCGGAGGAUGAAGGCGUCGACCGGUUUGAUCAGCUGCCGGACUCUCUUCUUCUCUUGAUCUUCAAUAGGAUCGGCGAUGUCAAGGCGUUGGGCCGUUGUUGCGCCGUUUCGAAAAGAUUCCAUUCCCUUGUUCCUCAGGUCGAAAACGUCGUUGUUCGAGUCGAUUGCGUUAUCUCCGACGAUGAUUCUUCUUCCGCCUCCGGCUCCUCUGACAAAUCUCGUGGACCAAUUUCUAGUCUUUUCCGCAUCGUCUUCGGCGGCAUCGUGAAGCCAAUCCAAGCACUUGGCCAAUUCUUCGGUCCAAAACGAUCGUCGUACUCGUCGUUAUCCUCCCCUUCUUCUUCCUCAUCUUCUUCUUUGUCCGUCGGGAAUGUCGACGGUGACGACGAUAUCGAGCAAGGCGGUGGAGUUACUCAUCAUUCUCCAACUCAAGUCCUCAAAAACUUCAACGAGAUUCGAUAUCUCAAAAUUGAACUCCCCAGCGGUGAAUUGGGUAUCGAAGAUGAUGUUCUGUUGAGAUGGAGAGCAGAUUUUGGAUCAACAUUAGAUAAUUGCGUGAUGCUCGGCGCAUCCUCUGUGAUUCGCCCUGCAAAUUCUUCACCCAAUCAAUCCAAUUACGACACAAUAUGCGUUAAUGGAAACAAUAACCCCCACGAAGAUAAUGGCAGUAUACCGGAAUCCUUCUACACCAACGGUGGUCUGAAAUUACGCGUCGUAUGGACCAUAAGCUCGUUAAUUGCAGCAUCUGCAAGACAUUACUUGCUUCAACCGAUCAUUUCCGAACAUAAGACAUUAGAUUCACUGGUUUUAACCGAUGCAGAUGGGCAAGGGGUGUUAUGUAUGAACAGAGAACAAUUGGAAGAAUUAAGAGUGAAGCCAUUGUCAGCUUCUUCAGCUUCAAAGAGAACCCUUGUUCCAGCUUUGAAUAUGAGGCUCUGGUAUGCGCCAUUUUUGGAGUUACCAGAUGGAACUGUGCUCAAAGGGGCUACAUUAGUUGCAACGAGGCCAAAUGAAUUCCUUUUGAUUUUUCAAGAAUAACUAAGACACCAUUAGGUUUCUGAAGGCAUUAAAUGGCAGAGAAACCACACAAUUUUGCUUCUGAAAAAUGGAAGGAAUGAAGUUGUUGGUAGAUGAGGUGGUAUAAAAAUAUGUAAUGUUUAUUAAGCAAAGGUUAUGUCGGAACUACAUGCCUUUAUGAAUCUUGUAGAUUUUGUGUCUUUACUACCAAAAUCCCAUGUUCAAAGUGUUGAUUCUCGAGUUGUUUGUAGUAGACUUGCUUGAAAAAAAAUAAUAAAACUCUUUUGGUGGCGUUCCUUAA